CCAAGGACAAAAAGGCUGAAAGCUACAUUGUCGUUGUCUACCCCUCCCUCAUCAUGUCUCUGCACAAGUAAAAAGAAACAUGAGCACCUCAAACCAUCGUCGGCCAUCUACUGCUCGGCCACCUCUUGGAGACGCCGCAUCCCGCGUCAACAAUACUCGCACAACAUAUCCCUCGCCGCUGGGCAAGAUACCAGAAACAAUGGCUCACAAUGAUAGAGUCAUUUAUGAGGAGGAAAAUCCUUACAAGCAGUUAAACACCGAGUCAGUGCAAGAACGCAAAAUUAUCAUAACUCCUCGCUCCGCUAAUGCUGUUGACCCUCGCCUAUCUGCCAUCACAAAUGGGGAUGUAGUUCACAGACCCAACCGAGACUCUCUAAUUUCAAACGCCUCCACCAAUGCAUCAGAUGGCAAGAGACGCCGCAAGACACACAUUGGGCCAUGGCAUCUUGGGAAGACCUUGGGCAAAGGUGCCACUGCGAGAGUUAGAAUGGCAAAGCACGCUGUUACCGGCCAGCCAGCAGCAGUCAAGAUCGUACAGAAGAAAAGUGCUCUGUUGUCACAGGCUGGUAGUCUGGCAUCUCUUAACAAGAAAGAUGCAAAGGUGAAGGACGCAGGUGAGAACCGUAGAAUGCCAUAUGGCAUCGAGAGAGAAGUUGCCAUCAUGAAGCUUAUUGAGCACCCUCAUAUCAUGAGGCUAUAUGAUAUCUGGGAGAAUCGUACCGAGAUCUAUCUUGUCCUUGAGUAUGUCGACAAUGGCGAGCUAUUUGACCACAUCAGCAUUUGCGGGCUCUUGCCUGAAGAAGAAGCAAUGAAAUACUUCAGACAGCUUAUGAGUGCGGUGUCAUACUGCCACCAGUUCAACAUUUGCCAUCGCGACCUCAAGCCAGAGAACAUUCUUCUCACCAAGGAUGGGAAGAUCAAGAUUGCAGACUUUGGUAUGGCUGCCCUCCAGCAAACCCCUGAGCACCGCCUCGUCACUUCUUGUGGAAGCCCUCACUAUGCCGCACCUGAAGUCAUCAAGGCUGUCCCAUAUAGAGGUGACAAGGUUGAUGUCUGGAGCAUGGGUAUUAUCCUGUAUGCUACCCUGUCAGGACGACUGCCAUUCGAUCACCCAUCUGUGCCACGCCUUCUUCAAGCUAUCCAAAAAGGCAAUUAUCGGAUGGCCAAUGCCAUUGGACUAGAAGCAGCUGAUCUCAUUAAACGCAUGCUUCAGGUUGAUCCUCGUGAGAGAAUUAGCAUCAACGAGAUCUGGAGACACCCUCUCAUCAAAAAGUAUGAGUAUCUCGAUAAUUACAGAGGAGGUAUUAAUCCCAGAUCCCCUGACGUUCAAUAUUGUGAACGCCCAGUGGAUAGAGUGAGCGACAUUGACAAAGAGAUCAUGCGCCACCUGAAGUCUUUGUGGCAUCAAUUUGAAGAUAAGCAGCUGGUGACCUUGCUUUUGGACGACAACCCGAACGACCAGAAGCUUUUUUAUGGUCUUUUCCUGAAGCACCGUGAAAACCAGCUGGAGAAUUAUACUCCUGAAAUUGGCUAUUCCAACAGUGACUACCACCAUGUCCGUCCUCUUUCGAAAAUCAAGAAGCUCUCUACUCGCCAGUUUACCCAAAUAGGUCUCAAUGGGUACAGACGACAGAUCUCGAGAUUCACUGUCGUCAGCAACACCGGCGAGAGAGUCGAGAGAGGUCAUGCUAGGAAGAGCAGUGGCUAUGCAGAGACUGAAUCUGCAGAGACGGUCAAGAGUUACGAUCCAUUCAAAGAUUCCAGACACCAGAAUCUUACAAUGAACGGAACCACACAUGCCAAGGUUGUCAUUCACCGCAACCCCAUCUCCCGUCUCCAAGAGGAUACACAGAUCUCCCGUGCGGGGGGCUCAAGAUCGAGCAAUCGCUAUGCAAUGCAACCGGGUGUUGCUCGUCCGAGAGUCUAUGCCUCACGAAGCUCACUUGCGAGUUCUACGAAGAGUGGCAGCAACCCUGUUCGGGCCGGGCAGAGAUACAAGCGUGGAGUUAGCUUCACCAACAUGCGUCACCCGGCUAUGCGAACUGUAUCCGAAAGUGAGGCCAAUGAGAGAAAUAGACAGCGCUCCAAGCUCAUGGGAGAAGUUCCCGAGGAUCGUCCAUACGUGACCACGCAGCUCCGAUCCCGCAAAGAAGCAGGUACAUUUGCCCAGCCAUUGCCCCAGGCUUACAGACGUGCCCAAGAGGAUGUGCGUCAGGUGAGCAGCAGCUUGGCAAAAGAUUGCGAUGAAGCAUUCAAUAGAUCCCAUGGCCUGUCGAUGCUCUCAAGCUCAGCUGAUUAUGGCUCUGAUAGCCACUACUCUACGCCUUUUACCUCCUUCGAACGCGGAAAUACGAACACCGAUCCAUCGCUCUUCCAACUGAAACAGUGGGAAGCCGGAAAUACAAUGGGCCGUCAGUCAGUGUAUGAGAGUAGGCCAUUGCCAGUCCCACCAAAGAGAUCCGAGUCUGUGGAACAAGAGCUUGCUGAGGCUCGUCGAGCUGCCCACAGCCGCAAAGUCACCGGCGAUGGAGUCCAUUCUCCUCGUUAUAUCAACCGGAUGGUUUCUCACAUUGAUCGCCUCAUGCUGCCAAACCAGACUUAUCUCAGCGAAGCUGAAAGAAGAACCACCUCAGCUCCAAACCCAACCACCACGAGUGGUAUAGCUGUCGAGGGUCCGAGGCCUUUGCGAAACCCCCAGAACUACUCUCGCGCCAGAACAUCGGAGCGUAGCGAUGGCUAUGGGCAAUACCUUCAUCGUGAGCGUACGAACAGGGUGGCCUCUCACCGAAUGGGAUCUGCUCCCGAACCCCACAAUGGGAGAUACAACGACCGUGAGCUCGUGGUUACGAAUCCUGAUCAUCGUCCAGCCACUGCUAGAGCUGUGCCUCUCUCCUCGAGCCCAGUCAAGAUGCCAGCACCUCUUAAUAUUCGCAAGGUCAAGAGGCCGGCUCCGCCUCCGGGUCUGCCUCCGACUCAGCCUCUGCCCCCGCUACCGGUGGAGACCCCAUUGAUGACUGGCUCUCUGAAUGCAACCAAAGAUGCGUUUACCAAGUUUGAGCAGCUCGCACCAAACUUCUCUUCCGAGACUAAAGGACGAAAGAGCAAGCACGAUGUCGACCCAUUCAGAUAUGAUGGUGUUAAGCAUACUGGUUUCGGUGCCCUCUCGAAGAAGAAGACUGCCUGGUACAAACGUAACUCCAAGCAAGAUGACAACCAGUUCGCACCCGGAGAAGUGGAGAUCAACCCGAACUGUCUGCCCGACCCAAAGAAGAAGGGUUUCAACCUGGGCAAUCUCUUGAAGAGGUUCGGUCCCAAGGAAGAGGAGGGCCUGCCACUUGGAGCAUUCAAGUUGUACGAUGACAAUAAGAGCACCGAAUCCGUCGGCGAUGAUAUGAGCCAUUACCAACCCAAGCUGGUAAACUACCGCGACGACCCAUCCCGCCAGAUCGAGCCCCAGCAGAACUGGCUCGCGCGCCUCUUCCUCGUCAAGCCCGCGACGAGCUACCUGUGCUUCAACCUGACCAAGCGCCGCGCCCGCCAGGAGGUUGCCCAGCUUCUGAAGGACUGGAGACAAUUCGGCAUCAAGGAUGUCGUAGUCAACAAGCCCGCCAACCUCGUGUUCGGCAAAGUCGCACCCGUCAACUAUCUCGACCUCAAGCAAGUUGCAUUCGCGUGCGAGUUCCUGACUGUCAUUGAACACGGCAAGAGAAACCACCUGAGCAUCGCCAGACUCUCGCAGGAGGCCGGCGCGGCCAGCAGCUUCCACAGAGUCGUUGUUACCAUGGAAUCUGUCUUCCAGACUCGUGGACUGUUGGUCGGUGAGGAGCGCAAGAGAAGAAUGAUGAUCAAGACCCUGACGAGCGUUUAAUUCCGCACUCGCAGGCCAAUCAACCCUAUUUUGGAACUCGCGGAUUUUGAAGUCGUCACGUUGCUGGCCUUUGGAUGCGGUUCCCCUUAUUUUUUUGUAUGAGAUUUUUGAUGGGGGCGGCUAUAUUUUUGUGUGAGAUUUUUAAUGGGGGUGCUCUUUUGUAUUGUGUGGGUAUUGUGCCGGACUAUCACUUGUUUUGAGGCGAAGGAGUCAGGUGUGUAUGGGUAUAUAUACGGAGGGUAAUGUCUAAUGGGGUGUGUAUGAGUGAGUAUUUGGGAAUGCUAAUGGCUUGUUUGAGAGGAGGGAGUUUUGUUUGACGGAUAUUUGAAGCGGACUAUACUCGGGGAUGAGGAUACAGGUGGUGAGGAUUGUUGGGCGGGUUUACAUUCUGUUUUGUGAGAGG